AUGUCCACUUCCAACGAAAGCCCGUCACCACGGCCUCGAGCCGUGGCAAAUCACAGCACCCUCGGGGUUUUGGCUUUGCGGUGGUCUUGUGCGACAUGCCGCCAAUCGAAACGCCGCUGCGAUAAAAUAUACCCGAAAUGCACACUCUGCGUUCAGAAGAAUACUCCAUGUAACUACCCAGGCCGUCGGAAAAGAGAGAAGCUGAAGAACCGCAUAAAGGCGAUUCUGCCAGUGGGAAAAUCCAUCGUCGACCCGCCUCCCGUUGUAUUGGCUGAGAAGAAGCACGACGUGCGCCAGCUCUCGUUUCCUUCUGCCAGUUCCAGCUUCAUUGCGGAGAGUUUUCUCGAUCCCGAGGUCUUUUCCAAGGCGCAGUUGAAAGUGGUAAACGCCGAUGUGGAGGUGACAGAUGACAUAGCCGAGUUGGUCGGGAGCGUGCUGGACAUUCAGGCCACCUCUGCCAAGUUCUUUAAGUCGGUUCACAUGUGGAUGCCGAUCAUAUCGAAGCCUCAUUUUUGUGCGAACCUGCUCAAUCGGUUAACCUACAAGAGAGCUGAGUUGUUUCUGCUCGUGCUGUCUAUGAAGUUAAGCUUCACACGAGUCAAAACCUGGAACACGCCAUUGUACGAGACGGUGAAGCUAUUCCAAUUUAAAAUUGAGGCUUCAGGGGUAUUGUCAACUCUAGUUCUCCAGGCUUCUAUUCUCAUCGCACUCUACGAGUUAGGACAUGGCAUCUACCCGGCGGCGUAUCUCUCGGUAGGAUCCUGUGCUCGGUACGCAACGGCCCUGGGUAUUGAAAAGUCUAUUCUUUCAUCAAGCGCUGCGCAGGGCCAAUGGAUUGAAGAAGAAGAAUGCCGCCGUAUGUGGUGGGCGAUUUUGGUUCUCGAUAGAUAUCUGAACUUGAGUAAUCCUAAACGGCACCUUAUUACUACAGAUGCAGGCUUAGAGAGUUACUUGCCUGUAGAUGAUGAAGUGUGGGAAUCCGGAGUACUCAAUCCUGAUCGUAUUUAUACUUUGGCAACAGCCAAUAGCUACCACCUGGGGCUCUUUGCGCGAUUUGCGCAGGCCGCACAUCUCCUCAGCCAGGUUCUACAUCAUGUCUCUGAGGAGUCCAACGAGACUGCCCAGUUGCGACGCACAAUAUUUGCGCUAGUCAACGUCUCUAAUAUCGAGGCAUCUAUGAGACGAUUAGAAUACUGCAGCCAAUCAGCAGUCUGUUACGCUAAUAGUGGUAUUCUCGCGCUCGACUACUCGUCUUUUAGCAAGGGUAUGUGUGUAAGUGACUCUGGUCAAAAGCUCUCCUCCGAGAGUGCUAUCAUUUCACAAGCAACAUUAGACAUGGCUUUGACCUUGAUCCAUGGUGAUUCAGAACAGCUCUGUGAUGUUGCCAGCCCCUUUCUUGUUCAUUUGUUAUACAAGGUAGCCUCAAUGCACUUGAGGAUAGCACAUAAGUCUCAGACAAGGGGCGAUCGAGAGAAAGUUGAGAUCUUGAGAAAAAGCAUGAAACUCGUCGGAAAUCGAUGGCUUUGCACUUCCGCGUACCUCUCGCUUUUAGAGAAGCAAGAGAUUCUGCUUGUGAUGGAGUAA